UGGUCUUGUUCACUUUUCAUGUACAGAAUUCUCGUAUAGAACGAAAGCUAAGCAGUUCCAUCCACCAUGGCAUGCAUGCUGCGACAAGGACUCGUAUCAUAAUACUAUGGACAUUAAACAAAUUCCAUCCAACCACGAUGAUGGUGUGUGGCUGGCUGGUCAUCAUUUGGUCACAAGUUUUCAAAGUUUAAAUAAACCAAUCCAAAAACCCACCAAUAAUUAGUUAAUUAACAGCAAUAAUUAGCUGAUUUCUAUAGCAGGUGGUAGAAGUAGUAUCAGUGGUCCGGGCGGAACAGUUAGUUCAACAAGUCGCAAGGUUGUUGCCUACUUGGCAUUGUACUUGGGAAAUUUGAAGAACCCCGUCCUCCAUCCAAGUGAACAUUUCGGAUGUGUGCGACACAGUGGUUUUGUAACUGGUUGGAUUUUCUCGUGGUAAUAAUAAGUGGAAUAUUAAGAGAGUCGGUACAAUUGAACAAGAAGUGGUUGUUGGUGCUGUGCAAGUAAAAGUCUGCUGACAUAUAAAAGUUAAAAUCUGGUGGUGGAAGAUUUUUUUCCGCUUAUUGCUUGAGGGUCUCCCAACAAACGAGAAUAUAAUAAUAAGAAAGACUGCUUUUAUAAUAAUAAUACGAGUUGCUGCUGCUGCUGGUGGGUUCCGUCCGCCGUCGUCCGUGCGUUCAGUGACUUGCUAUCCUCUUCUUCUCGUCGUCUCGCUUGUUGGAGGUUGAAACAUUCAUUGUUCAUCAGCAAGAAUAUACAUAACGUAAGAACAAACAGGUUGACUGGCUCCUCUUCAUCAUCAUCACCAUUCCCUGUUCGUUAAAUAUUUCAAAGAGAAGUGGUGUGGUGGUGAUACUGAACUGAAACCCAACAAAAGUCAGUGCGACCAGACCAAACAUUAACUUUUGCCUACUUGCUGUCUCCUUAACGUUGUUCUCCUCCAUUGCAAAUUGUUGCUAUAAUAAAUCCCGGUCAUCGCUGCCCUCUUCUUCCAGAUGUAACUGACAACGCCGACAAAAGUUACCUAAUCGUCAAUAAUCGAGUGGUUGGCGACGUGGAGCCAGCAACGACGGGAUUGUAAUAAUGGCUUCAGCAUCAAUGUCCAACAACUCGCGAGAGUAUUGUCUUCGUUGGAACAAUCAUCAGCCCAACAUGGCGACGUACUUUAGCAGCCUGUACAGUUCAGAGUCCCUCGUGGACGUGACCUUAGUGUCGGCGGAGGGGAAUAAAGUCCUUUGUCACAAAUUGGUCUUGUCAGCGUGUUCCCCAUAUUUCCAGCACAUUUUCGAAAGCAAUCCUUGUCGCCAUCCUGUCGUCAUUUUGAAGGAUGUUCAACACUCUGAUCUUGAGGCUAUCGUAAAGUUUAUUUACAAUGGAGAAGUUAACAUUUCUCAAGAUCGAAUGACCCCUAUUUUAAAGACGGCCAAUUCUCUACAAGUUAAAGGGCUGGCAGAAGUUCCAGCAGAUGAGUUGAAGAGGGUGAGUUCGGUAGUGGGGGGUAGUGGGGGAGACCCUUUGUCAAGUCUAAACAGACCUCACAAGACCCCACUGCUUGCCUCUUCUUUGUCAUGGGACACUUCUGACUCUGCACACGACAUUCCCAGAAAAAAAUUAAAAAAGUCUGCAAGCACUUCGUACGCAUCUGGGUCUUUGAAUACAAAUGGUGACCAUUCCACUUCAGUUGACUCGGGGGUGGGGGCAUCUGUUAGUAAGUCAAUAGAUGAGAGUAGCCCACCUGACGAGACUCCUCCCACAGUGCUUCAUAAACGUGUCUCUAUUCCUGCACCACCGCCACUGCUACCCAAAUCCAGGAGCUUGGACCUUCAUAGGGACGACCAUGAAAUGAAUAUGGCGGAACAUCAUCAACGCCAGUCCUAUGAUGAUAGUUCAGUUGAUAGAUUCGACAGAGAUUCGACCAUUGACGACGGUGAAAGAAGAAGACGUGGGCGACCACUCCUCCGACAACCAAGAAUCAAACGAAGCGACAAUGAGCCAAGUUCUGGAUUUCGAGAACACAUCAGCGGAUCCGAGCUCUAUGGCCGAGACCCACUGGGGGGAGGAGGAGGAGAUGACUCCAACGACGACUCUUCAGGGGGGGGCGAUGGUGGACGUGAAGCCAGCUUUGAAAGGAGGGUUACAACAGCAACAACAACAACCUCGCAGCAGCGUGAAGUUUCUCCCCAACGUUCGUCGAUUCAUUCAUCCAACCUCCCAAUCGUGAGGGUGAGUUCGUGUUCGCCCACUCCACCAUCCAGUCCACUUCUUCUUCUCCAUCCGCCCCCACUAUCACCUUCAUCCCCUGCUCACUACAGGGAGGAUGAUUCAUCCCAACCACCUGUAAUUGUUUCCAACACAUCCGUAUCCAUCGCUUCCUCUGCGACAGGGUACUCGGGACUAAACCCCUCCUGCUCAUCAUCAUCAUCAACAUCAACAAUGGUCAUCACGCCCACUCACCACACACAUCAACACAACUCACCAUCAUCCAACAACACGCUUCUUAAAGUACCCAGUACAGAGUCGGUCUGCGUCACCAACCACCCCUCUCCCGUCAUCUCCCCCACCACUUCUUCAACAGGGAACCAGUUGGUGAAGCAAAUUUCUCAGCCCUCCCUCCCUAGCCAACAAACCUUGAGUCCCAUGGGGUUCAGUUCGGGAAAUGCAGUCAUACGUAGACAAAAUUCAUCUCCAGCAACAGCUACGGGUCAACAGCAACAGAGUCGAAUUGUUCAACCACUCAAACACGGGACAUUAGCAGCAACAUCAUCAACCACGACAAUGUUUCAGGUUAGGUUAGGUACUCAACCCAAUGCCGAACGAUCCUCCUCUGAAGAUAAUUCAUCUACAAGCAAAGCAUUCAUCAUUGACUUGAUGCCACCCGUCGUGGUGGGGAAAGAGGGAGGAGACAUGGGUUUCCCACGACGAGAACUUAAAAAGGACAGCAGUGGGGAACAUUCUGGAAGUUUCUCCCGGGAGGACUCCACCUCCGAAGACAUUGGGUCAAGCACGAGCAGUUCCUCCUUUGAUGACGGGCUACCGGUCAACAGAUCUGGCCACUGCCCAGCCCUGCGACCAGGUCCUGCCUUAGGUUGUAACUUUUGUUGGAAUUCUAUCGACAAUUGUGGACGAAUCCUUCGUCGAAAAACUAAAUACCAUUGUCCCGAGUGUCAUAUAAACUUGUGCAUUGUUCCAUGCUUUCAAGAGUAUCAUGAAAAAGCGGACAAGAAGAAAAGACCACGAUCAUCUAAACUGGGACUUCCAAAACCUAGCUCCAUGUAACAAAAUUAUAGGAAACAUGCAAAACUGGCCGAAUUACGGGAUCACUACAUAUUCUAUUUAUCAUUGUGUAAAUAAUAAUUAGUAGAAGAAUAAGAGUUAGCAUAGUUAGUGUUAUUGUUAUAAUGAUGAUGAUGAUCCAAGAGGACUUUGCAAUGUACCUGAGCCACUAUCAACCAACCAAUUUUUACAAUUCGUCAAUUUAACAAACUUUCCCAAAACAACUAUUGAUUAUCUAUUAAUACGAACAAAUGUAUUUUUCUGCACAAUUUUUUACCCACGUGCACGCAUACACACGCUCAUACGAAUUUCAUUAACGCAGACAUGAAUUUUUAACCAGGGCAAUAAAUGCUCCUACUUUACUUAUGCACGAGAUAGAGAGCGAGAGGGUGUAGGUUAAAAUAGUUUUGUAAUUUGUGUGAAUAUGGUAUUGCUAUGAUUAUGCUAUUUGUUCAGUUGCAAAAAUUUUAUGAGUUGCAUAGCUAACUGACUAAUUUGUAUUCGAUCUAGUUAUCUUUACCUUUUUCUUCUUCCUUGGUGUAAUUGACAUUAAAUUAACUGCAAUUUGUAAACAGAAUAGCUCAAAUUUUCCAAUUACACUUCAAAGUAUGGUAUUUUGUAUGAUAUGCAAUAAACGUCCAUGGAGCUCCGAACAACAAGUAUUACAGCAGCAAUUAAUUAUAGUUUGCAACAAAUCGAGCAAAAAAUUAUUAUUAUUAUCAUUAUUAUGUAAUUGACAUAAUUGUUUACCAAGUGCGUGUAGUAUUUAUUCAUUGCUUUGAAAUAUAUAUCAAAUAAAAAUCAGGAGAA